AUGUCUACAGGAAUAAGGAAUUCCAUCAGGACGCGAAGCACCGCCUCAACUUCAGGCACCCCGAGUACUCAGUCAACGAAAGAACACACAGUCGAAAUCCGUGAAGGCGAUGGUUCCCAUCGUGCCUUAGAAAGUGGCCAGCAAUCACGGAAGCUUUCCAAGCCUACUGGUGCGAUGUCUCAGCAGAGGUCUGCGAAGGAAUUGGACCAAAAACAAGUUGACAAUGCGAACCAACUCGAGGAAAUGAGAACUCAGAAUGCUGCCCUUGUUUCUGAACUUGAAGUUCGGUUCGAAUCCCUGGAACUUGAUCUCGCGGCGAAGGUGGAUGCUCGCCAAUCGAGGUGCGAUGAACUGCGUGGGAUCUCGUUAGAAAUAAAAGAAAGCCCUCCUUCAGAGACUUUGGCCAAAACACCGCCGCAAGCACCACUAGAAAUGUUCGAUGUCUCUCCUCGUCCGGAAGGCCAACCUGCACGGUUUAUUGAGCCCACGGUCAACAGUAACCACGGCCACCCGGCAUACACCUGCAUCUACCGUCUCCGGGCUCAUGGCAACAAGGCUGAGGAUGACCAGAACUAA